UGAAAUUGCACCUUUAUGCUAGUGCACACUGCAUUACUGCAUAUGAAGUGGUGUCCUAUUUGAGUUAUAAGACAUUAAAGAGAUCUCUAAUUUUAUUGAUAUCGCUGGUAGAAUGGGACCUCCACCCGUGGUUACUGGAAUUUCGCCCAAGGAAGGCCCACCCGGCACUCGGGUGAUAGUGCGUGGAGAAUUUUUAGGAACUAAGGCUCAGGAUCUUAUAGGACUGACAAUAUGUGGAUGCGAUUGUCUGCUUUCGGCCGAAUGGAAGUCGUCGAACAAAAUUAUAGCGAGAUCAGGGCCCUGCAAAGGUCGUGGAGACAUAAUAGUGAUGACUCGAAGCGGAGGACAAGGAACAUCAACAGUACAGUUUCGUGGUUACCAUGAGACUAUAGGCCCGAUGAAGGAGUCAGCAGUAUGGGUAGAGGAAGCCCCUAUGCAGAGUUUAGGCUGGGGUAGAAGGGCAUUGUCACCUACAAAUUAUCAACAGGAAGAUCCUUUAGGGCUCAGUGUAGAAGGCAACGAGAAAAAGUUUCCUGAGGAUGAGUUGAUUGAACUUUUUGGUGAUGGAAGUGGAGAUCUUACAAGUGAAAAAUUCCAUCCAGGAUGGUUUUUAUUGCAGCAUCAUCAUGCUACGACUUUGGAAGAUUUAAAAGCUGGUUUGGCUUACCUUCGAAGAAAAGUCAACUCCCAAAAGGAAGGACAAUUGUCAUUUUUAAAGGCCAAUGUAGGAGCAGUAAUGGAACAACUUGACACGAUAAUGUCAUUAAAGGAUCAAUUUGAAGUAGACGUAAAAAGUUAUGGUACUGAUCCUACAGAGAAAUUGGAAACGGCUAUCAGGCGAUCUAUGUCUGAGGCUAAUAAAUUGUUUGAUGAUGUAUUAGCGAGGAGGGACAGAGCUGAUGCCACUCGUAAUGCUUUGGCUGUUAUGCAACGUUAUAAAUUUCUUUUUUGUAUGCCAAUAAACAUUGAGAGAAACAUUAAACGUGGAAACUAUGAUCUUGUAAUUAACGAUUAUGCUAGAGUUAAGAAUCUGUUUAAAAAUACUGAAGUAGAUGUCUUUAAAAAGAUAUUAAAGGAGAUCGACAAUAGAAUCAGUAAUUUUAAAUUGUUGUUACGGAAAAAAUUACAAGAGAUGCCAUUCAGUUUAGAGGAGCGUAAAAAGAUUAUUAGAAAUCUUGUCAAUCUCGAUUCUGAAGGUGAUCCAGCAUGGGAUGCAAUAGUUUCACAUGCAAAUUAUUUAAAAAAAAGCGUUGCCAAUGUAUAUGAGCAAUUGGAUGGAAUUAAAUUUAAUUGCGAAGAUGCCAACAAAAUGUCGAGGUCCACAUUAAUAAGUAUUAAGUAUUUACGCUCGCAGAAGAAUAACGAAGAUAAUUCACCACCACAAAUCUUGUGUGUUGAAACUAUUUGCGAUAUUGUGAUCGAACAGUUGCCAGACUUGUGGAGAUUGGGCCAGAGUUAUUUCACGGGGCAAUUGCAUGUAGCAGUAGAUGUGGAAAAGCAAAGUCAUUUUAAAAAUUUAGUUUUAUCGAAUAUGCAACAUGCCAUGGGAGCUAUGAAGAGUAUGUGCAAUCACGAUGUAGAGGCAAAGUGGCUUUUACAUAUCUUACGUUGCGUUAGACAAAUGUACGCAUCUUUGAUACAUCUGGAUUUGCCUAGCGAAGCUCUCGACAUUUUCGGAUCGUUUAUACUGGAUUUAAGAAUACAGUGUUUGGUCGCUCUGUUCAAGCAAGGAGCCGACAAUAUAACAGCUCUGAGUCAAAGGGAAACAUGGCAGAUAGAAUAUUUGAAUGACGAUGGUGGUGUUACGAGACUGCCGUACCUAUUUGAGGAAAUAGUUUUGGCGAUAUCGAGACACACGCGAGAAACGGUAGUUGCUUGCGGUCCAAGAGAAGGACCAUUGUUUAAUAAUCCGACCAACCAGAUCCUUUAUCACAAUACCAUUAAGACAUUAUUCGUAUCAUUCGCGCGGUGUUUACAACAAUUGGCGUUUAGUGGCUGUGAGGAAGCUAUGGAGAAUGAUGAAACAUCGGUAUCGCAAUUGAUCGGAUCGCCUUCUGGCUAUAAGAACAAAACCAAUAAGCAUGAAGGACCAACGUGGGAGCAGUGUCUGUUAAUUUCGUUAAGUAAUAUACGAUAUACCCUAAAUAUCGUUUUACCAAGAAUUGGAGAUGUCCUGAAAGUGCAAGGUUAUCCGGAAUUAUCCACCGCGGUCGAAUGGAACUCGGAUUGGACACAAUUGGAGACGUUGGAUAAUGCUGUUCUGGAUGCGUAUCUCGAACGCCGUUGCGAUCCACUCGUCGGUACAAUAGAGCCUAGUAUGUAUUUAGGAGGUUUAGAAUGGGACUUUGAUACAGAACCGACUCAUUUGAAACCGUAUGCUCAAGAAAUAUUGGCGAAUCUAAUCGCGGUACACGCGGAGGUACGUCGAGUUGCGCCGGCUCUGUUACAACGGAUUUUAUCCCAUAUAAUAGAAACUAUAGCAGAAGAACUUGCGCGACUCAUGUCAUGUGUGACGCAAUUUCGUCCGGCUGGAAUUAUUCAAGCUCAAACAGAUAUAAUACUUUUGAGAAACGCUCUACAGGCUUACAGCACGACCAGAGCAAGAAGCUUUUUCGAGGAAGCUCUUGACGCGAUACCUCAGCCCGUGAACAAGGAAGAUCAUAUGAGAAUAGACGCUCUUUUGUCGAAAGUUACAAUGUGCAUGCGAUUACAACUAUCAUGUCUUACCAGUGAGGUAAAGGAAAAUGUUCCUUAUUUAACGGCAGACCCCGAACGCGUUACCACUGUGUAAUUUGUAGUGAUCAAAGAGCACGUAGUAAGGGCAUAGCGGAAUAAGCAGGUGAAAUUGCCCCCGCACUAAUCGAGCUCAAAUUGAUAUCAUU